AUGCUGGGGCUGCCGCGCCCGGCGGUGCGGGCGGUGGGCAGGAAGCGCUCCCUGAAGCCUCCGCUCCUCCCGCGGCGGCGGCUCCCGGCUCCGGGAGGGGGAGGAGGAGGAAGAGACGGGCCAUUAGGGGAAGUGGCACGGAUCGAUGGCCGGGGCCGCGCCCAGCGCCGCUCCCUCCGCGCGGCGCGGCUCGGCCGCCGCUUCCUCCCGCAGCCGCUCGCCCGGGCCCGGCUCGCCCGAGUGACGCGUGCCGCGGCCAAUGACAGCCGCGGGGCUGCCGGGGGCGGGAGCGGCACCAGCACCGGCCCGCCGGGAGCCACUGCCGGCCCUCGCCCCGGGGCUGCGGGAGCGGCACCAGCACCGGCCCGCCGGGAGCCACUGCCGGCCCUGGCCCCGGGGCUGCGGGAGCGGCACCGACACCGGCCCGCCGGGAGCCACUGCCGGCCCUGGCCCCGGGGCUGCGGGAGCGGCACCGACACCGGCCCGCCGGGAGCCACUGCCGGCCCUCGCCCCGGGGCUCGUAGCGCCCCGCUGCCCGCGGCGCGGCCCUGCCGGGCGGGCCCUCCCCGCUCCCGCCUCUCCCGGGAGUCUCUCCCGCUCCUCGCACCGGUAAUUACAGCGAUGGAACGGGGGGAGGACGUGACCAGCCGAGCCCCGGGCUCGGCACCACGGGACCGCUCCGCGCCCCACCGGCUGCCCUGA